AUGCCUCCUGAAACUCUAAGUAAAUUCGAUAAGCGAAUAAAACGUAAAAUUAUUGCUGCUGCUGAUAGCAUUAAAAGAAAAUACGCAUCAUUAAAAUUGGAAAGGAACGAAGAAGAUGACGCAAUAACUAAAUUUUUCAAUCCCAUCAAAGAGCCGCUAAUCAAGGUUAAAAAUGAGGAGGAGGAGGAUGAGGAGAAGGAGGAGGAAGAGGAUCAAGAAGGUAUUGAUUUCAAACCUAAAAAAAUUAGAAAAAUCUCGAAAUAUGCAUCCACUUCAAGGCCAAAAGAAGAAGUUUUUGAGGUUAAUGAGGAUAGUGAUGAAUAUGAUAAUUUGCAACAAAAUGUACUUAAGCCAAUUGAAGUCCAAGUCACAAUAACUUAUUGA